CACUUGAAUUCCAUUGGAUCAAGCCUAUGGAAAGAAGAAACAGAGUGCCUUUCAUGGCUUGACCCGAAGCAACCCAACUCUGUCGUUUACAUCAACUUUGGCAGCAUUACUGUUAUGACAGCCCAACAGUUGAUUGAAUUCGCUUGGGGACUCGCUAAUAGCAGCCACACAUUCUUAUGGAUCAUUAGGCCUGAUCGGAUUGUUGGUGAGUUGGCAAUUCUUCUACCAGAUUUUGUGAGUGAAACUAAAGAAAGGAGUCUAUUAAGUUGUUGCCCUCAAGAACAAGUCCUCAAUCAUCCAUCAGUUGGAGGUUUCUUGACACACUGUGGGUGGAAUUCGACUCCUGAGAGUAUUUGCAGUGGGAUCCCUAUGUUGUGUUGGCCAUUCUUCGCGGAUCAACAGACAAAUUGUUGGUCAUGUUGCAGCCAAUGGGGUGCUAGGAUGGAGAUAAACAGCGAUGUUAAGAGAGAGGAAGUUGAGAGAAUGGUGAGAGAGUUGAUGGCUGGAGAGAGGGGGAAAGAGAUGAAAAGAAAGGUCAUGGAGUGGAAGAAGUUGGGUGAAGAGGCCACGACUUGUUCUAUUGGGUCAUCUUACUUGAAUUUUGAGAAGAUGGUCAGGUUUGUGCUUAUGUCUGCUGGUUCAAAUCAAAGUAGCACAUUUUCAUCUUACAAGCAAUUUCUGAAAUAAGUUGUUUCUUUUUUCUUUCUUUUUUUAAUUGUUUGGAAUAAUCUUGUACAAGUAUUGUCUUGACAGGGGUUAGGGAUGGAUUUGUAUUUUGAUUUCCAUUGUGUCUCAGAAUUGUAUUAUUAUGCUUUUUUAAUAAAGAACAUGUUCUUCUUGUA